AUGUCUGCUCUCUGGUGUAUGUGCUUGCACGCCCACUCCGUGAUCCUGCCCGUGCACAACGGCGAGCGCUGGUUGGAUCAAUGCCUGCAGUCCGUGCUGGAGCAGGAUUUCAAAGGAGCUCUGGAGCUGUCAGUUUUUAAUGAUGCCAGUCAGGAUAGCUCAGCUGAAAUCAUUGAAAAAUGGAAGGUCAAGCUGGAAGCUGCUGGCAUACCGGUCAUCAUAGGACAUAACACUUCAUCCCAGCCUGGAGGAGUUGGAUAUGCUAAGAAUCAAGCAGUAAUGCAGAGCUCGGGAGCCUAUCUCUGUUUUCUGGAUUCUGAUGAUGUGAUGAUGCCCCAGCGGGUCAGGCUGCAGCACCAAGCUGCCAUUCAGCAUCCAAACAGUAUUAUUGGUUGCCGAAUCAGAAGGGAGCCAUUGGAAUCUACUGAACGCUACACGCGUUGGAUCAAUAACCUCAGCAAACCCCAGCUGCUUACACAGGCAUUUACUUCCCAUGGCCCUACUGUGAUCAUGCCAACCUGGUUCUGUUCCCGAGAAUGGUUUUAUCACGUGGGCAAAUUUGAUGAAGGUGGAAAGGGCGUUCCGGAGGAUUUGCUGUUCUUUUAUAAGCAUAUCGAGAAGGGCGGUGACGUCUUCCGCGUCGACCAGUGCCUCCUGCUCUACCGUUACCACCCCCAGGCCGCAACUCAUUCCGUGCUAGAGGAAACCAUCUGGAAUCACCGAGUCAGGUUUCUUGAAGACCGAGUCCUCUCCUGCUGGACAUCAUUCACCAUCUGGAAUGCUGGCAAACAGGGCAAGAAGCUCUACAGAAGCUUGUCACCCACGAACCAGAAAAAGGUAACUGCGUUUUGUGAUGUCGAUGAAAAGAAAAUAGCAAAAGGAUUUUACACUUACGAAGAAUCAGAGGAGAAACCCAAGCCGAGGAUCCCUGUCUGUCACUUCAGAGAAGCAGCUCCGCCGUUCGUGCUCUGCGUGAAGCUGGAUUUGACAGGAGGAGCAUUCGAAGCAAACUUGGCGGCGCUGAGCUUGAAGGAAGGGGUGGAUUAUUAUCACUUCAGCUGACCGCUGAGGGAACGUCUUGCUGAUGAGCCACCUCGUCAUGGUGCCACAGCUCAAACUCGUGCACGUCCAGACAGCCCCUGAACCCAGAGCUUGGGGCUGCAAAGCAACAGCCAGGGCAGCAGCUUCGUUACGCCGAGCUCUACAAGGGGAAGGAGAAAAGAAGCGGUCACAGGGAGCAGUGAAUGUCCCUAUUUCAUCAUUAUCUCAGUCGUGGUAAAAUGAACCAAAUGGAGAUGAAAAUGUAAGAAGAUGGAGUCAUUUUCACAGGCCUCAACUUUUUUUUUUAAAAAAAACUACCCUUGAAUAAAUUCUGUUUGUGCAA